UAAUCACUGGUUAUUGUUUUCUUUUUCAGCUGUUUCAGUGCUAAGUAGGUUAAAUGGAAGUGCUGAGGAGAGAACUGUGCCCUGUCUGGGAAUAGCAGAACUAUCCUUGGCUCAUGCGGUCUAAAAAUUGCACCUUCUGAAGUGAUAAUGUGAACGCAGGCGUUUGCUUCUAUUGGUGCUUUAGUCUGUCAUUUGUCCUCUGUAGCCCUGAGGUUGGCUAAUUACGCAGACACGUUGGGAUAAUCCCGGUUAGCAGAAGCUGAUGUCAGAUUGGUUUGGCUCACCACAAAUCCCCUCUAGUUGAGGUAGGCAAUGCAGGAGGACUUUGCUUGCAUUCACUUCUACAGAAGAAGUGGAAGGUGUGUGACUGCUCAGGAAUUUCCUUUCUGAUGUGCUGUCAGUCCACCUGCUAACCUGCCAGUUUAACUAACCAAAUGGAACUGCCCUUGUGAUCUGAUACGUUCGAUCUCCAUCGCGACGUCUCCGCGCUCGCAGGACCGUUACAUUACAUUUUUUGUCUGCGAUAUGGGGACCGUGCUCUCUAUAUCCCCUAUAGUAACUAAGGGGACCAUUCUGAAAGAUGGAGGAGACGGGGAAACAGAGAAAAGCCUUAAAAAGCCGUCAGUGGUCGUGUCCACGCUCACAUUUAAGCGGCUAAUGACUGCAUCAUGUCAGAGAAAAAGUGCCAAGAAAGUAAGUCCGAAUCCUCUUCUUCUGCCAGCGAGCAGCGACAGUCAGGUCGAGCAUCUGAAUCAGGAGAACUCCAGGAAAUCGCAACAGUCCGAGAAGAAAACGAAAACUGUACCUCUCGUGGUACCCAUCCCCACGGUUCCUCCCAAUCUAGAUCAGGAUCGGGACCUGUUCACUCCAGCGGCGAAGCAACUGGUGUCGGUUCAGAAGCAGACCAGCAGCCAGUCGCUCGUCUCGCCGAGGCAGGUGAUCGUCCAGGCCUCCACCGGGGAGCUGCUCCGUUGUCUUGGCGAAUUCCUCUGCAAACGAUGCUGCAAAGUCAGGGAACUCACCCCAAACGAGGUUGUCCUCUGGUUCCGAAACGUGGACAGGACUCUGCUGUUGCAGGGCUGGCAGGACCAAGGGUUCAUCACGCCUGCCAACCUCGUGUUCGUCUAUCUGCUCGUUAGGGAAACUGUAAGCCAGGAUGUUGACAGUUCACAUGAACUCCACGGGACCUUUCUGACCUGCCUCUAUCUGGCGUAUUCCUACAUGGGGAACGAGAUCUCGUACCCUCUCAAGCCCUUCAUGGUCGACACCAAUCAGGACGUGUUCUGGGAACGUUCGUUAGAUGUCAUCGAUAAACUGAGCGGCAAAAUGCUGCAGAUUAACAUGGAUCCGCACUUUUUUACAGAGGUUUUCCAAGACUUAAAAACCGAAGGCGAUUAUAAGAAGGAUGCAGGCGAACUGGAUCGUUGAGUGUGAUCAGAUACUUCUGAUUUAUUGGACGUAACUGUAAUCAGCUCUGCGUGAGUGACUGUUACGUUGCACCUUGAGCCGGUUUAUCAAUUUAGUAUUUAUGACACUGCUGUGUUGGCUUUGUUUUAACAGUAGCCCCGAUGAAGUGAUUUGUAAUUGCCUAGAUGGCAUCAACGGUGUAGCUGCAGUUUUAUGCAUGUCGUAUUUACAUCUGUUGCUGUGAUUGACAGUCAUUCAUAAAAAGGGAAGGCACAACAUUUAUUCUAUAUAAUUGUCAGCCUUAUCUGUCAUCUGGGUCACUACCCUUCUGAGACCUAAAUAAAAGUUGUAUAUUUUAGGUCUAAUGUUGCUUUAGAACCGUUUUACAUAAUUAAAGUGUUUGGUGUAGCCUAACAAAAGUAGCCUAAUAUCCGUUUAGUUCUAAAAAAAUAUAUAUAUAAAUUAUGUUAUAACCUAUUGUAAUGGCCACAUUCUUAUUAAAAAAGUCUGGAAGUUGCUGUAUCAAGGAUUAAAAGGUACGCCUAUUAGUUCAUACACAAAUGACUGCAUGGGUCUCAGGAGGAUGAUGCUCCAUUUGAAGAUUUGCAUGGAACUAUCCAAGGUCCUGACCUAUUCGUGCUCAUUUAUUCUGUUGACAGACGCCUGUCUCCAGCCAAUCUGGAUUUGAAACUUGAAAGUGUUUUCUCUUCACUGAGAUGUUCUAUGUGCCAAUUCAGGGAUGAUCUUACUGUUUUGAUUCACAUUGGUUUGAGGAAAAUUGGUAGAUCAUGCUUGGAGUUUAUUUUAUACUUUGACAUGAUUUUUUUCAGUGCUCUUGCUUGAACAAAAUGAAAUCCAGUCUGACUGGUUUUCUUGAUCGAUAAUGCACAAGCUCAUUAAUGCACUGACCACGUGCCAUUUGACGAUAUAUUAUAAUAUUACAUAGCAUCCAUAACUUCAGCUGAUCUUUGGGACAAGCCAUAUCCAUUAUCUCUACAGUGUACAAUAAAACUCAA